GCUCGGCCUGCCGUCUACACAUGCAGCCUCAGAUUCGAAUAGUGACGCUUUUUGCCGGGGCGGCCGGUCAGCGACCCGGGUGCGGAGUUUUUACUCGUCAUUGAGGGGGCCAGUUGGCGGAGCAAACCCGUGACGAAGCGGUGGAUGAUGAAAAUAGGCUAAAAGUGCGUUUUCCCGGCCUGAAGAAAGAAUGAAAUCAUCUGUCUUUCCGUCACCAGUUCUCCGCGAUAUGUUGUGCUGGCGGCGCCCCUGCGGCACCGGUCCAGCAGGCCCAUCCAUUCACGUGUCUGGACGGCUAGAGCCGCCGUCUGACCACGUGGUGUUUACCGUGCUGCGCAUGCGCCGGGGACCGGUCAGUGACGUCACGCGGCGUGCCUCACGCCACUGCUGCCGUGCCGGGUGCCGCCCUCCGUGCCCCGUCCGUCGUCCGUCGGCCUCCGCUCCCCAGUGUCCCCUCCCCACGCGCGUGUCACUGCCGUGUCGUAUCUGCCGUGUAUAAAUAAACAGGGUCCGGGCCGCCGGCGGAGCUCGCGUGUGUCAGCCGCCAUCGAUCGGCGUCAGUGGCCGCCGCCGCGCCGUCAGUUGGCCAGUGCCGCUCGAUAGCGCGUCACCCGUCCGUGUCCCGGUCCGAGACCCGCCGCCGCCGCCGCCAUGGGCCUCGAGGAUGACUUCAAGAAGGCGUCCGAGGACGUGACCAAGCUGAAGACGCGGCCGUCCGACGCGGACAUGCUGGAGAUCUACGCUCUCUUCAAGCAGGGCACCGUGGGCGACGUCAACACGGACCGACCCGGCAUGCUCGACUUCAAGGGCAAGGCCAAGUGGGACGCCUGGAGCGGCAAGAAGGGCAUGACCAAGGAGGCCGCCAUGGAGGCGUACGUCAAAAAGGCCAGCGAGCUGAUCGCUGCCGACAGUUGAGUGUUGAGUCGGUGCUGCCUGGCCCGCCGCGCCGCCUGUCUGCUGAUGCUCUACACGUCUGCGCUGCGGCCGGACGCCGAGACGGCUGCCGCCCUGCACGGCGCCCUGUCGGCCGUGGUGCCGGCAGUGGGUGACCUGAGGCCGCGGCCGACCCGGCCCCCGGCCGACGCGCCGCACAUCUACAUGUGAGGGAGGGGUACCGCGGGGGGACGGGGGAGGGGACUCACUGUGGGUGGGAGGGGAGGGAGACAUGUAAUACAGGCUGUACGAAAUGUGA